AGCAUACAAAAAUGGAAGCAGGAAGUGAGUGUUGCGUGCUAUUUAUUGACUGUUGCGAUUUGUUGAUUUUUGCGUGCGACACGGAGGUUGCAAGUUCAGCUGGCGUUGUGGUCAUGGCCAGCUAUUUGCGCGAAAUUUGGCACCUGAUGCACUUGCCGGGCUCUCUUUCAGUUGGAUCUAUUUAGACACUGGGCCGCCACAGCUUUUAGUACUCUCGCACUCGCCGCACAGCGGCAACGAGUCCGCCUCGUGCUCUGCACCGCACCGCAGCGCUUUGAUUUUGUUUUGACUGCUUUUAUUUGCGAGAGGGAAGAGUCGCUGCGUGGGCUAUGAAAGUUUAGCGGAAAUGCUGCUGCUCGCCUACAGGACUUUGAAGAAGGAGUGCUGCAAGGAGUACAGGAGCUUGAGCUCAACGAACCCGGCCCUUUUUGAAAAGAGUGAAUGGCAGGCAGAUGACCGCAGGAGAAAUUGGUACGUUUGCUACAAAUGGCUCGUGUGCAUCUACCUUUUGUGGGGCCUGGUGCACGACUGGCUUUUGUACGAGUUCAACGAUAACAACUGCAAGGACACCAAAACUGCGUGCAGAAUAAAGUGGUUCGUCUACUGCACCAGCUGGGCCUAUUUGCUGCUCCUUUGUCAAGCGCUGAUGUCUGCGUAUUUGAUCACCUGGCAGCCGGCCGCGACCAAAAAGAGUGAGUUUUCGACAUUCCAUAGAUUCUACUGGAUCAUUAACAACAUGGCCUACGCGCUUUCUCUAAGCGUAUCUCUCGUCUACUGGACAUUAGUUUAUUCGCCAGAAGUAAUGGUUUUGGACUUCAGCAACAUCAAGGGCCACGUGACAAACAGCUUGCUGGUACUGGUGGACCUGAUGGUGAUGGCGCAGCCAGUGCGGCUGCUGCACGCCUACCUGCCGAUGACGGUCGGCCUGCUGUUCGCCUUCUUCUCUGCGGUGUUCUACUUGUUCGGCGGCACCAACAGACUUCUCGAAGAAGCCAUUUAUCCCGUUUAUUACUGGAAAUACCCGCUCAAGGCAGCAUACGUCGGAUCCUGCUGCGAAAUCGGCAUUUUGCUAAUGCACAUUCUCGUGUGGCUCGUCUUCUUGCUGCGUAGCAAGCUGGCCCAAUUAGUGAAGAAUUCGAAUAGUCAAAGUGAAGAUGAAUCUGGUGUCGACAUAGUCUAGUCUAAUUAUUGUUAGAAUAAUUAUUGAAUUGUAAAAUGAACAGAUUGUGAUCUAGUGAGAAGAAAAUGUAUCGAUUUAAGUUUGCAAACUUAUUCAUACAGUUUGUGCAAUUGUGUUUAGAAAUAAAAGUAGAGGUACAAAAUUGGCGUCAUUAUACGUGCACGUGAUUGUCCAAUUUAAUUAUUUAUUUUAGUUUUGAAAUCUCCUGUGCAAAACAACACGAGUUUGUCUCGGUCGUUCAGGUUUAACCACAGUAUUUUCAUCUGCAAACCUUUUUAGAAAAUCAGUUAACUUUAAAAUAUCAAAUAUCAGGGCAUUGAAAGUACAGAAAAAAUAUUUUUGCUUUUCUCUGAAAAUUGGAAGCAAUUUCCUCAAUUUAUGAGAAAUUUAGCUCCCUGUUAAAAAAUAUGUGUUGUGUUUUUGGACCUGAGGUCAGUGACACGCUUGAGUGGAAAAAGUGAAUUGCAUAAUUUAGUCGGUGUCGGUCUCCAUUAUGCGCGCCUUUUCUCUGCAGCAGCGUGUUGCGCAACGCUUUCGCCGUCUGUGGAUAGUGGAAAGUUGGCUCCAGAGCCUGCUCUCCGUCUCACUAGAGUAGCAAUUUACCUGCUCUUUUCAAGCCAAAUGAUUCCUUAUCUCGUCUAGCGAGUGCACAUCGGGCCACUCUUUCUCUCGCGCACUCGCGCGGCAAUAUGCACCCGGCCGCGAUCACACUUUGCAGGAAUUGCGAGACGUGACUUCUGCAGCAACACACGCGGUGACAAUGACAAUGCCACUGAUUCGGUCUGCUUAUUUGAAGCUGAAAUGUCAUCAGAUUCGUUUUUAACAAUCUGCGGCGCUCGUGUGCUUGAAAUUAAUUUUCUAUAGAAAAUGUAUAAAUAGUGGUGGCAGAGUGUUCUUAAAAUGUCUCCCGUUCAGAAUUAAAUUUUUAAAACUAAUUUUUUGUUACAAACUCUGCUCAAAUCAUAGCCACGGGAAGUAAUGAGCAGAGAAAGACCGCUUUUUGACAAAAUAAAUAAAAACAUUUUCAGACUUCGCGAAUGAAAGUGGCAUUAAUAGGGCUGUAGAUUUUAGACGUAGCGUCGAUUUCGACAUCGUUACAACCCAAUUGACUAGUUUAGUGUUUAAUGGUCAAAAUGUAGCAUUUUAAUUAAAAAAUCUUACAUUUUUGUCCAUUAUGUCAAGAUAUUCGCCUUUUUCUAAGGAAACUGUGACUUACAAAAAAUACCAGGGCUGGGUAUCUCCCGGAGAGUUUCCCAAAUUUGCAGUGCAGUGGAUUUUUGCGGUAUUUACCAGUUUUGUCCGGUUUUUU